UCACAUCCCACUACCGCCCACGCUGCCAACCGAAUCGCCUGCACCACUAGCAGAGGCAGCAGAGCCAGACCCCAAUCGUCGCCGCCCCCUCCGCCCCUCCAUUAGACUUCCCACUCCAGCUUUGGCCACACCUCCCACCGUUUCAAUUCAAACCAACCGGUUGAAGGCAGAGGGAGAGGGAGAGGAGUGUGUUCUUGAGCAACCCACCCACGGCUCCAAUCCAGGAGCUGCGUGCAGGCCAUGGAUUCCCCACGGACGGAGCAGCAGAGUAGCAGCAGCGGUACUACUUCUACCAUCACAAAUCCAAUGCAAGGAGUCGGAGGAGGAGGCGGCCCUACGCCUGACGACCAGCGGGCCAAGAGGCCGCCGCACCUCUCCAUCGACAUCCCGGCGGCGACCAGCGCCCCCCUCACACCGACGGCGGCGGCAGAGGCAGAAGCCGUAGCUGCAACUCCGGGCUCCACCGCCAGCAGAACACCAGGUUCUGCCUCGGGUUCCGGCAAGAACGGUGCCCCAGCCAAGUCCCCAGCGCCGCAGCGCACGCCGUCCUUCAUGCUGCGGCAGACGGUGCGGAGCCUCCUGCCGGGAGGGGGCAGCUUCAAGUCCUCGGUCAGAGGCUACGAGGCCUCCCUCUCCAGGCUCUUCAGCGGAAGGAUCGCCAGGACGGCCUCGCUCCCGGCCGUGGACCACGCCCUGGCGGCCUCCGUGCACGCCGCCGACAAGACUCCGCCCAGCGUUCCUGCCGCCGCCGCUGACAACAAGACGGGCAUGCACCGCUCGCAGUCCCUCCCCAUGAACAUGAAGAAGUUCAGCUCCGCCAAGAGCAUCAAGAGGAUGAACUCGCUCGGCGGCGUGUACCGCGUCGUCCCCUCCACGCCGCGAGCCACCGCCGCCGCCACCGCCGCGACCAGCAAUGCCGCGCCGGACAUAGUCCCCACAGAACCAGGGGUCGGAGAGGGGGAAGACGACCAUGGGGAGGACAUCGCGGAGGAGGAGGCGGUGUGCCGGAUCUGCAUGGUGGAGCUCUCCGAGGGAGGCGGCGCCAUGAAGCUCGAGUGCUCCUGCAGGGGUGAGCUCGCACUAGCCCACACCGACUGCGCCCUCAAGUGGUUCGGCAUCAAGGGCACCAGGACCUGCGAGGUGUGCAAGCAGGAGGUCCAGAACCUCCCCGUCACCCUGCUACGCGUCCAGAGCACGCGCGGCGGCGACGCCAGCCGUGCCGGUGCCGGCGCCAACGGGCCGCGGUACGUCCGGUACAGGCUGUGGCAUGGGACACCUAUCCUGGUGGUCAUCAGCAUCCUGGCAUACUUCUGCUUCUUGGAGCAACUGCUGGUUGCGCAUAACGGCUUCGCCGCCCUGGCGAUAUCGCUGCCCUUCUCGUGCAUCCUAGGCCUCUUCUCAUCACUCACCACAACAAGCAUGGUGGCGAGGAGAUACGUGUGGAUCUACGCCGCGAUCCAGUUCCUCUUCGUCGUGUUCUUCACGCAUUUGUUCUACAGAUAUCUGCAUCUGCAGGCUGUGAUAUCCAUCAUCCUGGCAACCUUUGCGGGUUUCGGCGUGGGGAUGAUCGGCAACUCCAUCAUCAUCGAGGUGCUCAGGUGGAGGACGAUGGCCCCUGCCCACCAGCGCCAUGCUCGCAGGCCACCACGUGUCGCCCAGCAGCAGCAGCCAGCUCCGGCAUCCAGUCAGCCUUCAGCUGCAGAGGAGGGACAGCGUAGCGCCACCGUCGACGUCGAGAACCCCGCCAUCCCUCAAGCAUAGAUCAUAUGUAGUUUGUAGCCAUGUGCUGUUGGUUGAUGCUUGAGAGCCUGGGACCCUUGCUGUGUAGUAUAUGGUAGAACAAAGAGGUUGUCUGGAAGUUCUUUUUUCGUGGUCUGGAUGCAAAAUCUGAGUUUUUUUGUUGUUGCAGCAUGUGGUGAGUACAUGUGGUACAAUGUGUUUUUUUGUCUGGAUGCAACGUCUUGUAUUUAGGAACGGAGGGAGUACAAUGUUAUAUAGCAGCUCCUGAAGAAGGAUUCAGCAAAAUGUGUCAUGGUGUACAAAGUAUGUCAGGCAUAUAUAUAGCUAAGCUCUCUGCUCUGCA